GGCGACACAGUUGUCAACUCCCUAUUGUUCCCCUUUUCCGUCUCUCCUCGGUGAGGUAGAUGUACCCCAAUUAGCCACAGGUCAACCCAAGCAAACCAUCAUAUCCUCUCCGCGUCAUCAUGAUGAUGACAUGAACAUACUAGGAGCAUUGCGGAGCGGUAAAAUUGAGGGAUUUCUCAACAAAUAA